AUGGCGAUCAUUGCGUACUCCGCGAUGCGACAGAGGCGGGUGAUGGUGCAUGAGAAGCCAUACGAUGGCGAUGUGAAGGUCGAUGAACAAAGUCACCCAUCCGUAGCUGGCAAAGACGGUGUCCACAUGCUCCACAUCUUCUACAAUGGAGUCGACCACUACGACGCGUUGGUGGAGCUUGAUGGUCCUUCAGGAUUCCCGCCCGCAUGGCCACAGCCACCACCCCCAGAAUAUGUUGCAGCAGAAACCGAUGAAUUUCCGGCCCUUGCCGCAAACAUUUCGCCUGGGCCAACGAAGAGAUCUUCUCAUUUCAGCGCAGCGAAGCCGAAGAAGAAGGCCGCCAGCAAAACCAAGGCCGCGCAACCUCACACGGUGAGGCCAGUUGGAGCCCAGCAAACUGCGCCGAGCGCGCCGCCGCAACCUGCCGACCCGGAAGAUUUGGCUGAGCAGCGCCUGCGAGAACACCCCACUGUCCCACCAGGCGCAACGCUGGCAGAGAAGGACGCUGGCGCGUUGUGGCCGCGCGUGUUCUGCGCUUUCGAUGGCUGCUGCUGGUCCGAGCAAGACGGAACGGAAGAGGCACUGCACCACCACCUGGCAGAGGUCCACGCCACAGACUUGCAAGGAAUUGCCAAACACAUGCUCCGAGGACGCGCGGACGACGCCUUGUUCAGCAUCUAUUCGGCCGCGAUCGCAGAGAAGUGCCGCAGCCAAGCGCCGCUUGCAGGGGCAUCUCUGGAUCGCACAGCGCUCAGAUCCUUGGCAAAUGCAACGGCGGAUGAACAGGUCGAAUCUUUGGUCUGUGUGUGCUGCGGCGGGGUGUUCCCCUAUGUGCACGAGAUUCGCGACAAAGGGGAUAUCCAAUGGCGCAAGCCACUGCGCCGCCAGCGCCCAGAAGGGGAAGCGAAUUUCUUCGGCCAGAAUUUCUCGACCGUGCAUGAGCUCAUCGGCCUAGACUCGUACUUGCAGAAAUACGACAUCAUCAACACAGAAACCGGGGCCGCGGCCAUCGACGAGUUGAAGGAAAACAUGACAUCGGAAGCCGAGCGCGGCGGGUUGGCUGCUUGGCGGCGAUUGAUUGGACCAUAUAUUGCACAUUUCUUUGGUUUCCACGCACGACGGCGUAGCUACACCAAGACAGGGAUUUGCUCAAUCAAUCUAAUCUUGCGGCCUUGCGCUUUUGAGGACGAUGGCACUGCCAAAAUCUCUAAGCGGAAAGCUUGCCAUCCAGAAGCACCGGAAGUUGGCGUUGAAGCAUGGGGGGCCGCGAUGCAAAGGCAAGUUGCAUCUCAAUUUCGGCGCGAUUGGAAUUUUCCGCCUACCCUCUGGAAUUACUUAUUCCGCACCAAGAUCAACUUGCAACAGAACUCGCAUAUCUUUUCUGUCCCUAAUGAGUUUGGCCCCGGCCGCCGCAUGCUCACAAAUGAGGAAAUUCAAGAAGGCACAGAGCACAUCUACCAGCUCUUGAGGUAUGUGGACAUCAAUGGGGAGGAAAAAGCUAUUGCUGGAGAUUUCACCAAGCUGCGUCACGCGCCGCACUUGUCACCUGCAGCCCUCAAAGUUUUGAGCAAUACAGAAGCAAGAACCCGCACAGUACCAAGAACCCAUGAAGUUCGAAAGACCAUGCGCUAUCAAACUCAUAGCUACCGGGUGCCAUAUGGCCUUGCUUGCUUCUUCACGUUCUCACCUUCCGAGCGCGACAGCACAAUCAUGCUGCGAAUGGCCCGGGCGCGCCAGAGUGAUCCGGCAAUCAAUGACGACAAGUGCAAGGCCUUCUACCAGAGAACGCUGCCGCCCUUAGAUAUUGAUUUCCUUCGAUUAUCGCCAGAAGCGUUGGCAGAGGCUAGGCCGGAAGCCUAUGGGCGAGACAUUCUUAUGCCCGGCAAAUAUCACGCCAAGCUCACAGCCAAGGGCGCGGAGGCGGUCGCCCAACGCAAACAAUUGGUGGCCGGCUUGCACUAUGAAAUUCGUGAAGAAGGCGGGGCCGACUCCUCUUGGUUGCCUCUGGGGCAAAGCGAGCUCGGGCAACCUUAUCGCCGUGAUUGGGUCGUUGAGGUGAAGCGCUUUGUCCUCAAUUUUUGUUUCGCGUAUUGCUUGCCUAGAGAACACCACCUCGUGGAUGGGUUAGUCGAGAACAGUGACAACGAAGGGGUGGAAGAUGAUGUGGUGCUCGCACUGGAUGAAGCGGAAAUGCUUGAGGCCACGCUGACGCACAUCAAAGGCAGCCGGCCAACCAAGGAAGCAGCGGGAGAUUUGGACGCAGCAGAGGCAGAACAAGACGGAAGUGGCACCACAAAGCUACAUGAUAUGACCCGGCAAAUGUUCAAAUUGUCCAAUUCGAUUUGGUUGCGACCGUCUCCAGGCGCAAGGCCAGCGCAGCUACAAUCGCCAAUUGCUUCCAAGACGAUGGACUCUGAGCAAACAAUCAAAGACCACGCUUUGGCAAAGAAGUCCGCGCAAGCUUCCAGAAACAAGGCCACAGCCCAGGCAAACAAGGGCGCUGCAGGCUUGCUGGGCGUGGCUGUAGGCGACCCACUUGUUCGAAAGCGGUGCCCCAUCACAGCGGCCUUGUUGCGAGACUGGCUUCGAAGCCCCCGUGCGCAGGAGAACACGAAUGCAGAGCAGCAUCGGUUCUUGGGCCUGGUCGUCGACCGGCUUUUGGUUGAGCACAAUUUGAUCAGCGCCGAAGAUGCGAACAAAUAUUGCCGAGAGCCAAUGCUCCACCUUUUGCAUGGGCCACCUAGCACAGGCAAGUCGCAUUGUUUGCUCUUCUUGCGGGAGAUUUUCAACCUUCUUGAAUACAAGCAGGGCAUCGACUACGAAGUUGUCGCUUUUCAGGCAGUCAAUGCGUCCGCGCUUGCCGGAAAGACAAUUCACCACGCCUGUGGCUUCAACACAGACCAAUACAAUGCCAGUGAAGCUGGAGCGGUUGCGGCUACCACUGCCAAGCGGAUUUCAUAUUGGCGUUGGCUUUUCAUCGACGAAGUCAGUAUGGUGGGAGCGCGGCUUCUAGCUCGAACUGAUCAUCGCCUUCGAUCCGUCAAGCCCGACGCGGACGCUUUCAAGUUUGACCAGGGCGGACAAGUCAGGCAAGGCCUGGCAAUAUGA